AUGGUGCCCCGAGGAUUAACCCUCGGCGGGACGACGACACGGGAGCCGGAGCCGGAGCAGCUACGCUUUUACGACUCUCCGCCGCCACGGAUGGACGCGAGCGUGUGCUGUCUGCCCGCCGGUGCCGCGGCCACCACGGGGGUCACGCAGCACCCUCAUCCGGCGUCUCUGCCCGGUCUACCGUCCGCCGCCGUCGGCGUCCAGCCGCCGACGAUCCAGCCGUCCUACGCCGCCCAGUACGCCGCCGAUCAGAUAGUGCCCGAUCGGGCCCAACCCGACGGACCCCUCGCGACGGUGCUCGGAUGCAACGCGCAGGACAGCUGGCAGCAGAUCUCGUCGACGACGUCCACCGGGAUCACCGGGGCCGUCACCGCCACCACCACCGCGUACAUCGACUACUCGUGGCUGCAGAUGCAGCAGACGUCGGACCUGGACACUUUGCUGUGCAGGCAGGAUCUCGAUCGUCUACAGAGGCUGGACGAGGAUGAAUCGGACGCGAGAGAUGCGCGGGAGCCGUCCGUGCACAUGGAGGACUUCUUCGAGGUCGGCGGACCUACGGCGGUAUGCCGACCGCCACAGGCCAGUUUCGUUUCCGUCAGGAGUCAGCCGGCAGCCGCCGGUCAGGACGACGACGUCUUUCUCAGGCCGCCCCUCUGGGAGGAUAUCACGUCGAGUAUCCAGAAACUGGAUCCGGAGAACGCGGACAUGCUGGGCUCGCAGUCUCACGUGAAGAUGGAGACUGACGAUGUGACACCGCCGCCGGUUCUCUCGCCGGUGGAGAUCAAGACGGAACCGUUACCGCCACCGCCGACCCUGCAUCUCCUCGAGGGACCGGCCGCGAACCCCUCGCAGAACCCCUUUCCAAACUCCUCUAGUGUUCAACACGUCGUCCAUCAUCGGACGACGACGACGACGACGGCGACGACGGCGCUCUUCAAGAGCUUCCCCAACGGCAACAACAAUAAUAACAACAGCGGGACUGUUAAUAGUAAUAGCACGAGCGGGAAUAAUGCCGGUAGCAAUAACGGUAGCGGCAACGGCGCCAACAACAACAACAACAACAACAACGGCAACAACAACGGCGGUGGUAGCAAUAGUGAUUCGUCGACGAACAGUCAUCAUCAGCCGAGCGGCAACGCGACGUCGCCGCUCUACGGCUCGAUGACGAGGCUGAUGUAUAUUUCGCCGCUGACGCCACCGAUCUCCGAUCCCGGCUCGCCCAUCGGCGCCGGUCCACCCAGGCGGACACCGCCACCCCCGUAUCCUCAGCCGGGUCCGAUCCUGAAUCCGGCCCACAGGAUCCAGCCGUCGUCGAUGUCGUCUAAAUUCAACAGGCGGAAUAACCCGGAGUUGGAGAAGCGCCGGGUGCACCACUGUGACUUCAUAGGUUGUACGAAAGUCUACACGAAGAGCUCGCACCUAAAGGCUCAUCAGCGGAUACACACGGGCGAGAAACCGUAUCAGUGUCAAUGGCCGGAAUGCGAGUGGCGAUUCGCCAGGAGCGACGAAUUGACGCGGCAUUACCGCAAGCACACCGGGGCUAAGCCCUUUAAAUGCGCGGUCUGCGAGCGUUCCUUCGCCAGGAGCGAUCAUCUCGCGCUGCACAUGAAGCGGCACCUCCCGAAGCAGCACACCAAGUGAAGAGAGAGGGAGAGUAUAUGGGCAGAGAAAGAAAGAAGGAGAAGGAGAGAAAUCUCCUCUCUUUGCUUCCCGUUCGUUCUCGACUACCUGUGUUUGGACGCGCGCGCUGCGUGGUUUUCGCCAUUCAGGCUUCGAGGCGCGGAACUUUUCGAAAACAUCGUUAGUUGGAAAACAUCGAGAGUUUAUAGAAACGUGUAGAAAUUGUCAAAGAAAAAAAAAUGGAAAAAAAACUCUUUUCUCAAAUAAUAUUGUAAUUUCUAAACAGAGCGAUAUCUAUGACAUCACGCAUUGCAGAUGUUGCAUGUAUUUACGUUUGUUUCUAUAUACGCUUCUCUCCGUACGUCAUUCACGUUUACUAUCGAUUCACCGGAGAGCUGCGAAUUGAGCGAUUCUUUUCAAAUUGACUUUCGAUCCGCGAACGAAAGCACUCUUCGACUCACGUUCGUUUACGCAAUCGUCCCGAUGCAAUCGAAUUUGCUUUGUGCAUCGUCCUCGAUACGGAUUAUUCCGCCGCUAUAUAGUUUCGGAGUCGGCUCUGAACCCGAUCGUCGGUCCCGAUUCGCAAUAUUAUACAUAUCAGCGGAGCAUCAAUCGUAUAUAUACGCUCUUGAAGCGAGCCGUCUCGAGUCGAUCGCUUCGGUUACGCUCACUACCGUUCGGUUAAGCAGUCAUGACGAAAUACAUCCUCGGUGUGGGUGGUGAUCGCGAGGAAAUAUUUCGUCAUAGCGCUGUAUAUACUCACUCACGGACAAGUGAGUCCGAGUGAGGGAUAUUACAAUCCCCGUUCCUCGGUAAACUAUAAGCGUAUAAACUUCACACCGAGACGGGAUGGACCCGAGCCGCGUCGACUCGUGCGAUGCGAGAAGUGAAGCCAAUGCUCUUGGAAAGUAAAAGCGAAAACAUCCGUCUUCUAAAAGGCAGGUUAUAUAUUACCGAUCUUUUACAUUCACCUCGAAACGUUUACCUCGAAUCUGACCUGAUAUACUACGCGGUUCUAUUUGAAAUAUUUGCAUUCGCGAAAUAUUUGCAUUCGCGGAUGAUAAGAAUUUUUUCACUCCCAUAUGUGCACGUGUGUGUUCCCCCCGUAAUCUUUUCUACAUAUUCUUAUUUACAAAAGCUUCAACUUGUCGCACAAGUGGGGAAGAAGCUCCGCUAAUCGUCAUUCAUAUAUUUUUCGAAGCUGGUAUACGAGCCGUCACGCGUCUCGCGACGCUUGUCGAGUCUCUCGCGAAAUGAUUUUGCCAGAUUAAAGCAACGCUAUCUCGAAAUUAUCGCUAUCUCGAAGCUGGCUGCGCGACUCCGAGAUAUCCUGUUUGGCGUGUAAACGAUCGUCCCCGCACACGGUCGAGCUUAAAGUCGAAGAAGCUUAAUCCCGCGUCUCGCGCCGCGCGCGCGCAUCACGCAUCAUCGUCCCGCGUCAUCAUUUUCGAUAGUCGUGUGCUCUAACGCGAAAUUCGCCCCGAUAUUUGCCGAACCACCUCGAUAGCAGAAACAGAUAGAUAGAAGAGCGAGUAUCACGCUUCGCCCGUUAUCACGUUCGUUUAUGUGAGAAACGACACGAUAUCGUGAUGCCUUAUGUACAAAUUCGCGUAGUCUUGAAGAGAUAAGGUGUCUUAUGGCGGUCGAUGUGCGCGUGCACGUGUAUGUAUGUGUGGGCGAAUGUGUUUGCGUCCGUGUGUGCUAUAUUGCGAGUGUGUGUAUUUAUAUGCGUAUUCUACACACGCGGUAGUCUAUAUGUAUGCGCUUGUGUAUACGUGUAAAAAAAAAACCAGAGGAAAAAGCAGAAGAUACGCAUCUGAUAGCCAUGUAGCUAGUGUAAUAUUAUCUGUAUAUUACGCGAAGCGAUGGGCCGGGAAUAAUUCGUUCUCACGCGUGCUCCGAUCGAUUCGAUCCGAUCCAUCGCUCGUCGUUCACCGUGCUUCGCGCGAAAGGCUGUACACGUACACCCUUUUCGCGUCUGAAAUCGUGCGCGCCUUGCGCGAAAACGCGAGAGACGAAAAUUUGUAGCGAUAGUCAGGGACGGAUGCUCGCGUCGAGGAGACGAUUAAUUCCUUUAGGUCUCGAUCUCUUGAAUCGCUGAAAACUUGGCGAGAUAUUUUUCGAAUAAUGAACAAUCUCUUUCAAUUGCACGUGUCCCUUUAAUAGCAGCUCCUCGCUUAUGAUAAUGCCUCCGUAUGCCCAAAGACUUGUCUCCAAAUCUAAACGCUGUCAAAGACCUCGAUGUAACUUUUCCGAAAUAUCAACCAAAAUUUUUUUUUUUUUUUAAUUAUAAGGACAGAGAUGCAUCUUCUCUCUUUAACGCGUUUUAUCGCUAACGAGAAGCCGGACAGAGUCCAGCUUUAGGCCUCGAAAAGUUCUCGUCCGUCCCUGGCGCGCGCGCGGAGAAAGAGUGGCGUCGGCGAAAAGCGAUUUCGCGUAUAUCCGGACGUUCCGUUACGUUCCGAUACGCGAGCAUGUCCCACCUUCGGGAGGAGCGCGCGCAGCGCAGGAGGCCAAAAAUUCUGUCCGUAUAGUCCGCCGCUUUGUAUACAACGCGCGAAUCGUUGUAAUAAAAUCGAUCGAUCGGAUCGUUAUGUAGUUACGUAGUUACGAACGUUAGACGGAAAAACGAAGUAACGUGUCUAUUUAUAUCUGUCUAUCUCCGCCUAAUCUCUGCCUAUCUCACGUCACCGCAUUCUUCCAAAUUGACUCUUUCGAGUCGUCGUCGUCGUCGUCAUCCCUCUUUCCCUAGCUCGUACCCGAUUCGCGACACGCGUGUCGCGGAUCUUCCUUCAUCUCGUCAUCCACAUCUCGUCUUCUCUCCCCUUCCUCCCUCCCCCUUUUCGUUUCCGUCUCGUCUUCCCUUCGUCUUCUUCUCCGCUAAUAGCGAUCCCGCUUGUCCUGCCUUUGGAUCGACUUUACGAUAUACUAUUAUAUUAUAAAUGUGAAAUAUACCUCAUUUGCAGAUACGCAGCAAUAGUAGUCGACCGCGAGCCCGCUCCGAUGCGCGCUAAAUCAAAUUUCUCUACGCACCUCCUACUCUCGACUUUACGGUCUGUCUAUAAUGUUUACGCUGUAAUUUGUGUGUUGUGUAAUUUAAAUAUAUGCGAAAUGGUAUAUCUCUCUGUAAAGC